CUUUAGUUGUGACUGGGACGCGUUGACGAAUACUCUGCUCGCUGCACACCUAGCUUCGUCGCCGCGACCUCGCCCUCCUGACAUUGUGUCUCACUUAUCACACAUCGCUUAUCGACUGCCGAUACGAAAACAUCGAUAUAAAUUUCGUUAUCACUAAAAUUGCGUCGGUUGUGUACUUGCGACCUCGAGAUAUUAUUUAAAUUUCAAACAGGCUUAUCAGUCUCAUUAAAGGAAAGUUGCUGGUGAUUCCUGUCAUAAAUAUUACUGUUUGUUUACUCGGAUCAAGUGUAGGCUGUGAUUAUGGUGCGCUAACCGUAGUGUUGUUCCCGUGGGUGUUUUAAUUCAUAAAUUAUCAUCGCUAUUUGCCCAAGAUGGAUCGGACAAUGUACGGCAAGGUGCUGCCAGGCACUUAUUACCCGUUUCGCUGCGCGAUGAAGGAGAACGGAAUAUCGCCGGGCUAUGCCCUGCUCGCUGACCUCCAGAACUCGAUAAACCCUGGCAGGGUUAGUAGUCCCGGUGGUAGAACAGGAUCACCUGGCGGUCGAACAAACUCCCCUGGCCGAACCGGUUCACCCCUCGGUCGUGGUAGCUCUCCGGGUCGGUUGAGUUCACCUGGAGGUAGCCUCAGCUCACCAACUUCAACCGGCUAUGGCUCGAUCAAUGGCUCAAGAAAUAUUAGUUCGGACUACGCUAAACCUGCUUCUCCUACCUACCAAAACACAACUACAGUUCACGAGAAGAUUGCUCCGGCCAAAUACAGCACAAACUACAUUAAUGCCCCCGGUUACGGCAGUCAUUCCCCUGGGUACAAUAGUCAGUCUCCUGGGUUUACGAGUGUGUCACCUGGCUACGGGAGGACCACCGGCCGUGCCAAUUUUUCGGAACUUGACACUCUGUUGGAUGACUUGAGCAACGCCAGAUACGGAAAUUAUGCAGAGAAAACCACAUUAACCGAAAGAAGUGAUGGAUAUUCUCGUACGAAUGGAGCUACUAGUCCGGCUUCGACGAGACCCACCGUAGAUUCUCUAUUGGAUCAACUAAGUACCGACGUGCCCAAUGGUCGGGCAUCAGUAUCCCCAGUUCCACCGUCAUCUUCUGGCACCUUACCACGACCAGGAACCAAGCAGGUUACGGUGACCGUCCAGGAAACCGUGGUAGAACCGGCGCAACCUCCGCAACCGCAACCCCAGCCAUCAGUGGCCGCAGUAACGACAGUUCGUCACCAUCACGCUUCCAGUGCUACUAAAGAGCUUGACGAUCUCAUGGCGUCUCUCUCUGACUUCAAGGUAAGCGGUGCAGGUGCAGCUCCAGGGGUAGAAAGCGGUACUCACGUUUACCGAGAGAAGCGUGCUUGGCAGGAACAAUACCGCAGCAACCCGCGGCAACCCGAAUCCGCAUCUUUAGAGCAUAUGCUCGGAUCUCUCCGAGCAGACAUGAGCCGUCAAGGAGUACAAACCCCCCAGAAGGGAUGCUGCAACGCCUGCGAGAAGCCCAUCGUCGGACAGGUCAUCACAGCGUUGGGCCGCACUUGGCAUCCGGAACAUUUCACAUGCGCUCACUGCAAUCAAGAAUUAGGCACGAGGAACUUCUUCGAGCGGGACAGCAGACCAUACUGCGAGCCCGACUACCAUAACCUCUUCUCGCCGCGAUGCGCUUAUUGCAACGGACCCAUUCUCGACAAAUGCGUGACAGCUCUCGAGAAGACUUGGCACACAGAACACUUCUUCUGUGCUCAGUGCGGCCAGCAGUUUGGUGAGGAGGGAUUCCACGAAAAGGAUGGCAAACCAUACUGCCGGGCUGACUACUUUGAUAUGUUUGCGCCCAAGUGUGGUGGUUGCAACAAACCUAUCAUGGAAAAUUACAUUUCUGCCCUCAACACUCAAUGGCAUCCAGACUGCUUCGUAUGCAAGGAGUGCCGUGAACCUUUCCACGGGGGAUCUUUCUUUGAGCACGAAGGACAGCCCUACUGCGAGACCCAUUACCACGGCAAGCGGGGCUCGCUGUGCGCCGGCUGUCACAAACCCAUCGCCGGCCGCUGCAUCACCGCCAUGUUCCGAAAGUUCCACCCCGAACACUUCGUCUGCGCUUUCUGCCUCCGACAACUCAACAAAGGAACCUUCAAGGAGCAAAAUGACAAACCAUACUGCCACGCUUGCUUCGAUAAGCUUUUCGGAUAAACUCGAUGCCGCUUUCGUAUAAUUAAUUUUCGUUAUCUGUGGACUUUUAUGUCAAUACGCAGCGGAUGUUCAUAUUUCUUAACUCAGGAUUCGAAAUGCGUAGAUUUAAAUAAGCGACUAAAUUUACUUUCUGCAUAUUAUUUUUAGAGAAAUGUAUAGUAAUAGUCUAUUCAAGCUUUAGUUAUAACAAAAAUGCUAUAUAAUAAGUGAACCACGGCGCAAUAAAGAUAGUAAAUUAUUUUAUAUUUUUAAUAAAUGACACAGAUUAAAAAUAUUAUUUAAAAAAUGUAUUCUAUUCUAUCGUAAAAUAUGUAACAAACAUUUCUUAUAAAGAAACAAAUUUCGCAUAAAAAAAUGCCGUAGAUAAAGUUCAAUUAUAUCUAAAAUUCGAUUCUACGUUAGAUUUGAUCAAAGAUUAAAAAUUAUAAACUUGCUCACUUUAAGAAAUUAUAUUGUGUACAUAUAUAAAUCAAUUACUAAAACUUUGAAAGUGCUUGGACUGUGUCGUAAUUGACGUGUGUCAAAUUGAAGGUAUUACAAAUAAAAAAAUAGAUUUAGCUAUUAACAUGUGAUUAAAUAAAAAUGGUGUUCGAAAAUUAUGGUACUACUUUGAAAUUAAAUGUCGUUAAAUGUUUUGUGAUUUCCUAAUCUCGGUCUAAAUAAGUCACAGACGUUGAUCUAUAGAAAAUGUGACGAUCUAUAAAUUCAAAAAGUCGAAAUAUAAAUAAAAAUGCUAUCUAUAUAUUAUUAAAUAUUAUAUAUAUAUGCCAGCAUUUCGAAAAAUAAAAUUUUAUGGUUUAUUUCAUAUGGCAAUGAAAUAAAUUAGGAUAUAAGUUGAUCCAAGUAUAUAAAAUGUUGGUUUGUAAUAUACAUUUAUUAUAAUUUUUACUCAAUACUUUUUUAAGUUCUUAUCUUCCAUUAGAUUAAAGCUGUACAGUUUAUUGCUAUUGUUUACAAGUUACAUCAUUACCGUAAUUAUUGAAUUGAUGACAUUGCACAGUAUCUGCAUAACCUUGGAACCAAUCACCGAUGUUUUUAGAUGACAGUUUGAUUAUGUUAGCCAAUCAGCUUUAAGUUACGUUGCCAAAAUAUCUUUAUUGCAUUUACCAGUGAAUGGGGGAAAUAAUGUGACACGUGACACGUCUGAAUAAUAUGACUACUAUUAAGAGCAAAAUGUAUAUAUAUCUAACUCAUGUGUUAUUUGAAGACCAGGUAUCUUUAACCUUUCGAAUGUAAAUUAAUAAAAGUGGAGAUUUUUUGUAAUUAUUAAAAAAGUACUAAACAUUAAAGUUAUACCUGAAAAAGCAGCGUGUUUCGUACAAGGUUGUUAAUACACAGUCUGGACGUCUGUCGACUGUGUUGAUGGUCUUAAUAUAAAUAAAAAUAAAUACCCCAAUUACAAAUAUUUCGCUUUUAACAACCUUUUGAUAAGGUUUGGGCUACUGUGCUUUGUCUAUAUAUUAUACGAGUUUUAUUUUUAUAUAAAACUUGUGCUAUUAUGUUAUCGCUUUUAGAUUGAUAGGAUUGAGUGCCAAACAUCGAUAGGCAGUUCAUACUCACGGUGACCAUAUUUACUUCGAACGAUUUAUUUACUUUCUAAUAACAUUUGAAGAAUCAUAUAGUUUGAUUUAAUUAUAAUCAUUAUAACUAUGACAAGAUUCUUAAAUUUUAAGUUAACCUACAAAUAUUUAUUUUAUGAAACAAAGUGUCUUGUCAAAUUGAAACUCAAAAUUGUAAUAUUUUAUUUCUACUACUUUUCUUGUGUAACGCAAAUGUAUUGCACCAUUCAGACAAGUGAAUUACAAAAUAUUAUUAUUACUACUGUAGUAAACUUUAAUUUACUGAAAGCCAUAAAACUAAAUUAAUAAAUUAUACAAAGAUUAGUUGUGAUAUUAAAAAUGCUGUAUAUAUUGAAAUAUUAAUAUUUUGUCUCUAUUCGCCGUGAGUAGACUCCAUUUUCUGAUCGGCUCGAUAACUGUGUGUGUGGGUUACAUUAACCACGAGAAAUGAAGGUUAGAUUAUAUAAGAGACAAGUUUUUAUUGAAUCUGUAAUAUUUUAACAAAUAUAUUUAAUGUUUUUUUUAAUA